CUCAGCACAGUGAGGUUGCCAAGUCUCCUCACUUAAGUUUUCACUCACUCCAGACUCAAAUGUCCUUGCCUCCCAUUUCUCCCCGUCAUCCUUUCCUACCUUCCCUGACACCAUCUGACCUGGCUGAUCCUCCGCCUCCUGGGAGCAUGACCCCUCCCUGACCCCUGGCUUUGCUUUUUCUUGGUCUGACCCUUAGCCUAGCCCUCUCUCCGCCUCCAGUCUUGUCUUUCUCUCUCCUCUGCCUGAGAUUCUUGGGGCAUGAAACUCAUGUUACAGAUUGCAAAGACCACCAUCUGGUGUUCGUGCCCUACAGUGCCCUGCUGCCCCUGAAUGCUGGGCUUAUAUGGGAUGACUGAACCCUUGAAGCCAGAGGCAGUGUAUGUGGGCUUAGCUGUCCUGUGAUGACCAACCCCUUGCUGUGAGGAAAUCUACCAGACCAGAGCCGGGACAACCAUACCGCUGAACCACCCUCAGAAAUGGGGUUUGAAUCCCGUCUCUCACGGCAUACUCAGGCUGCCCUCUUCUGGCUCCUGUUGCUCCUAGAACUUCCCAGGGCUCCCUCCUAAGGCCCUGCAAGAGGCCAUUGCACCCACCUACCCCUACCCUCUUCACCAUCCUUCCCCAUAGUGGCCACUAGGGGACGCCCUUGAGCACAGUUCGUUCUGCCUGCAGUUACCCAUGGAUCCCACCCAGCCCUGUCCAACCUGCACAGUCCUCACUCUGCCCCUCCAUGGUUUGGUCGGCCAUAGCGGCAGGAGCCCCCUGCAUGCUCCCCGAGAGUACCAGGGUCCCGGUUGCCCCAGAGUCUUCUUUGCACAGGUGAGCACCCUGCCUGGCCUGCGCCUGGGCAGAGAGUUUUGGCCUCCAAAGCCUCCAGGGUCAGUGUGGAUAUAAGCGUCACUUCUGCUGAGGGGACCAGAGAUUCGCCACUGAUCCCAACAGAUGGCCUGGAGGAGCCGUCCUAAUCCUUUUAGCUCAUCCCCUAAUACUCCCGUGUGUGGGUCACCUCCCUCAGGCUUCUGUUGAAGGUGUCCCAGCUAUGGCAGGAUCAUUGGAUGAAAGAGAGGCAGAGGACUGGAGCCCAGCCCCUCCGAUGUAUGAGGAAUACCGGCCGCCCGCGCUGGACACCAUCCGCCUGCCUCGCUAUGCCCUGUAUCUGCUGAUGGCCGCCAUCCUGGUGGUGGCCGUGGCCUACGCCAUUGUUGGUCACCUCAUCAAAGAUCUAGCUCAUGACCUGGCUGACUGGGCCUUUGGCCCUAAGCCUGACCAGGAGGAAGGUCCCCGAGAGCUGCGGGCCAGCUUGGCCGCGGAGGACCUGGAAGAGCUGGAUCUUCAGCUGGCCCUGGCCUGGCGUGGGGAGGAGGACCCUGCCUAUGCCCCUCGCCGCACCUCCAUUGCCUUCAAGGACCCGCCGGUGCAAACCAACUUUUGGAGGCUGGACUAACCUGGAGGAGCAGUACCUGUGACGCUGGUGGGCUGGGCAGUUCCCUCUGCCGCAGUUGGGCCACCUGUGCAUGUGACAUGUCUGUCGUACAACACCGGGUUUGGCCAGGCUGAAACUCAAAACUCCCCUGCCUCGGCUGGAGUGUUCUGGUUGCAACCUGUCCUUCCACUUUAUUAAGAUUUUGAGACAGGUUCUCAUGUGGCCCAGACAAGCCUUGAACUUGGUAUAUAGCAGAGGAUGACCUUGAACUCCUGAUCCUCCAGUCACUACCUCCUGGAUGCUAGAAUGCCAGGUCUGGGCCACUCUACCUGGCUUCUAUGAUACUGAGGACAGAGACAAGGGUCUUCUGCAAGGCUGGGUCAGUCCGAGGCCCUGACAUUUUCCUUUUUUUGUUUCCUUCUUUCUGUUUCUCUUUUUUGGUUUUUGAAGACAGGUGUAACAGCCUUGGGUGUUCUGGAACUCAGAGACGUUGCCUGCACCAUUUUUUUCCUUAUGGGUAAUUCCUCACACAGACGCCUUUUGUGUCUGGAGAAAAGAGUGAGACCAGAUUUACAUACAAAUUAAAAGCCUACCUGACUAUUUUA